UUUUGUCUGUUGAUACGAUCAGGGAACCGGAGGAAGUGAAGGAGCUUGAGAGAGUUUUUCUGUCAACCUCUGUGCCUCUUCUUCCUGCUGCCGCUGCUGCUCUCAAGGAGACUUGAACGGGGCUAUCUAUUUCCCUCUAUUCUGCUCUGCUCCACCAGGGCAGACUGUUCACCAUGAAGGGCACAGGGCAGAGUAGAAGAUGUCCGCAGAUGCGUUUGGAGCCGGGGGCAGCGAUGCCCAGCAAACCCUGCAGUCCUUCUGGCCUCGUGUCAUGGAGGAGAUCAGGAACCUGACUGUGAAGGAUUUUCGUGUGCAGGAGUUGCCUCUAGCUCGAAUCAAGAAAAUUAUGAAGCUGGAUGAGGAUGUCAAAAUGAUCAGUGCAGAGGCUCCGGUCCUGUUUGCCAAGGCGGCUCAGAUCUUCAUCACAGAGCUCACCCUCAGAGCCUGGAUCCACACCGAGGACAACAAGAGACGCACACUACAGAGGAACGACAUUGCCAUGGCAAUAACAAAGUUCGACCAGUUUGACUUCUUGAUUGACAUUGUGCCCCGGGACGACCUGAAGCCCCCUAAACGACAGGAGGAGAUGCGUCAGUCAGUAGCUCCAGCAGAGCCGGUGCAGUACUACUUCACCCUGGCCCAGCAGCCCGGAGCCGUACAGGUGCAGGGAACACAACAGGGCCAGCAACCUGGUGCACAAACAGCCACGACCAUCCAGCCUGGUCAGAUCAUCAUCGCACAACCACAGCAAGGACAGAUGCUGCAAGGUGCCACCAUGCAGCAGUUACAGCAAGUGCAAGUGCAAUCACAGGGCACACCCAUCACGAGUGCGCCGGUGGCCAUGCAGGUGGGUGAGGGCCAGCAGGUACAGAUUGUCCAGGCUGCAGCAGCUCAGGGUCAGGCUCAGACCGCUCAGGCCCAGGGCCAGACCAUGCAGGUCAUGCAGCAGAUCAUCACUAACACAGGAGAGAUUCAGCAAAUCCCGGUGCAACUAAACACUGGCCAACUACAAUACAUCCGUCUAGCUCAGUCUGUCUCCGGGGCACAAGUGGUCCAAGGACAGAUUCAGACUCUUGCCAACACCCAGCAGAUCACACAGACAGAGGUACAGCAAGGACAGCAGCAAUUCAACCAGUUUACUGACGGACAGCAGUUGUAUCAGAUUCAGCAGGUGACGAUGCCAGCAGGACAGGAGCUGACCCAACCAAUGUUCAUUCAGUCCACCAACCAGACAGCUGACGCACAGGUCACGCAGGUCAGCACCGACUGAGCCCAACCAGGAACCUUUACUUCACACACACACACAACAUGCACACCAGCCCAUGUGAUGCCGACAGAUGCCACCAACUUCGACUAAGGACGCUCGAUAACCUUGAUUUUAAGCACUGCUCAUUUAGACAAGGGACCUCGAAUAAAUAACACUCAUUUUUUUGUAAUAAAUUUAGUACACUGGAAAACCAAAGGGACACCGAUUGACUCUUUCGCAAUCAUAUGCUAAGUUGCAUCCAUGCUCAGUUACCAUCUAAGUUUUUGUAUUUCUGUCACCCACAUCUGUAGAGAAAAUAUGCUACUACUGCCACACCCACCGUCUGUCCACCCACUAACUCUGUUCCUCUUGUCUUUGUCCAAACGUCAAAGAUUUUUAAAACAUAAAAAAGUGUGUGCUUUAUUCUUGACACCUUCCUUUCGGCUCUCCAUUUGGAAAUGAAUUGGGGAAAGUGUCUGUCUCUGUCUACAUGAUCUGGUCCUGGCAUAUCUGUGAUUGAAGGAAGCCAUGGGAUUCUUCACCUCUUGCUUUCCUUCUGGUGAAAACCUGAAUCAUACCUUCUUCUUUGUUUGUCACGUAAUUGAUGGAUGAAAUGAAGCCAUAUACCUCAGAUAUCACUUUCUACAGCAACUCAAUCUAAGGGAUCUCGAGAAGUUAUAGGUUCAAAUAUAAUUUCAUGUAGUUUCUAUGUUGUGUUAUUUUCCACAUUGACGAUGAAGCAUGACUUUAUGUUGUAAGGGCUUCAAUCUGUAUAGGUUAACUGUGUAUGUUAUGGCGUGUGCUUGCGUUUCAAGCACCCGCACUGCAGUCAUCUUUACUCUUCUAUUUUGUUUUUUAUUCACUUACUUUCUUCACCCCUCUGUCUUUAGAGUGGGGAGGCUUUUCUCUGCCUCUAUGCAGUUUCACACAACCUUCUCUACCCGGGUGGUUUUGGAGUCUUGUGCCCUGGUCUCAUGUACAAACACAUGACUCCAUCUGCAGAAAAAAAAAAAAACGCCCUUUUUAUAGAAGCCUUUUUUUCCCCAAUAAAAGUGUUUUUCUUUUGGUUUUGAAAUGUUUGGCUUCAUAUCUUCCCCAUCAUUUUUUGUACAGUAAUGAUUAUUAUUAAUGUUCUUAUUAUUGUUGUUUUUGCAUGUAGUUCAAACUGCCAGCAUGACAUGCAAUAGAUAGGUACAAUUUUAUUUUUGAUGUUCCUUUUUGUAAACAAACUUUGUUUGUGAGAAAAAAUAAAAACCAUAACUUGU